CGUUCUCUGAUGCCGUCAUCGCCGGCGCGAGGUCUCCAUGGCGACCGUUGCCCGGGGUGACGCGUCCUCCUCCUCCCGCGGCUCUGCAGGAAGGGCGGACAGACCGGGGGAAAGCAGCUCACCAUGGAGUCAGACGACGCAGUGAAUGAAAACCUGCGGCUACAGUUCAAAGCUCUCCAGGAGCAGCAACAGAGACGACUGCAGAGACUGCUGGAGAGGAAAAGGGAAAAGCAGAAUGAGCAAAGCCAGGAACAGAAAAAGACUGAUGUUUUCGGUGUACAGGACCAGAUGAAUCUGCUUCAAUUGGACAGCGAUUCCUCAAAUGAUAUGGGCAAAAGGCUCCUGGAGGAUGAGAAUGAGCAGCUACAGGGACAUCUGCGGGAAGUGCAGGAUGAGAACGGCCGGUUGCACAAACUUCUGAAGGAGAAAGAGUUUGAGAUUAGACAUCUCAGGAAGAAAGUGGAAGAUGACAAACUAGCACUGGCAGGCACAGCCGGCUUGGCUGGAGACGUCGCAGCCACGAAAAUCGUAGAGUUGUCCAAAAGGAACCGAGAGCUCACCGCUGAAAUGGAGAGUGAGAAAACCAAAGUUAAACAGCUGAAUAACAAAGUGAAAGAGCUGGAGAGAGAGCUCCAGAACACAGCGUCCCAUCAGCAGAGAGACUCUGGAAAUGGGCUGAAAGUUAUCCGGAGUGCAGAAGCAAUACUGGCGGAGGCUUCAGAGGUGAAAUCCUUACAGGACAAGCUAGCGACUGCCAACCAAAAACUGACCGAAUAUCGCAAUCAAAUCCAGACCGCUAAACAGGAACUAAAAAUGGCUCAUAAGGUCUUAAGCAAUGAGCUUGGUGAAGACGUGAACAUUUCACAGCUGAUAUCCUCAUCAGGCAGUUGGCGAGGGCGGGCACAGCAGAUUCUAGCGCUACAAGGAAGGGUACGUGAGCUGGAGACUCAGCUGGGCCAAAUGCGGAGUCCAACAUCAGAGCUCAGCUUGGAGGAAGAGAUGUUGGGCGUGUCCGUACCAAAGAGGUUUGCCGCUCAGGAAAAGAAUGUGUUUCGGAUCCGUACCCUGGAGAAGGAGCGGAAAGAAACGCUGGAGAGACUGACCGGGGAACAUGAGGCUCUGAAGAAAGAGAACGAGGAGCUGAAAAAGAAGUUUGAUGCCUCAAAAGCCAGAAGUAAAUCUCUAUCGAAUGACCUGAAAACCCUCAAGAUGCAGAUGAUGACCCUGCUGGAGAAAGGAAAGCACGACGACGAGCUCAUAGACUCCUUACUGAGCCAGCAGAAGAACAUGCAGGAGAUUCUAUUUCGUCUCAGCCAGCAGGACCAGAAACACAGAGAUUCCCAGCAGAGCCUGAACUUACACCUGAACAAUGAGAGCCAGAAGCAGAACUCUCUGGUCAGUCAGCUGAAGGAGAUGGUUGCUGAGAGAGAAGCCAAAGUGAAAGCACUGGAGGCGGAGAUCAGACAACUGACCCCGAAGAGUCCCUCUGAGACACCAGGCUGUGGGAAAAGUAUAGAAAUUGAAGAGGCAGAAGAGGGGAUGAGACUGAACCAGCGGACACCUAUGAGGUCACAGUCAGGUGGUAAGGACUCGGGCGCUACAAGAGACUCAGCCAGAAAAGUUUCUAAACUGGGGCAUGAACUGGUAGAGACAGCAGCCGCUCCCUCCCAGUAUGUCGGCAUGGGUGCCUCUCCGCGAAGCUCAGAGCUGCGAGUUUUGCAGACGCAGAAUGCGGAGUUCAGGGCACUGUGCCAGGUGGCCGAGGUGGAGCGGGACCGGCUGAUGGAACUAGUGUCCGUCCUGCAGAGGAGGGUGGAGGAAGGUAAUAUGAAGGUCCUGGAUGCGGAGAAGAAGCUUCAGGCGGAGAGGAGGCGCUGCGCCCUUCUGGAACAGCAGGUUGAGAAGAUGAAAAUGGACUCUGGAAAGAACGGAGCCGCACAAAAGCUGACUGCUCGCGGCAAAGCCGGACUCUCUGUCAGCAGCUCCAGAUCCUUCCUGAAUUUCAAUGAGAUCUCUGAGAUGUCCUCCAAUGUCCCACUGGAGACACAGAUAGAGGAGCUCACUACACAGCUGGCGAUACAGGUAGAUGACAAUCAGGCCCUGAAGAUGGCUCUGCAGAGCACCCUGAGAACAAAGGAAGAGGACCUGAAGAUUUACCACGAGAUGAUGUCGCAAGUGAAGCAGAUCUUCCUGCAGGCCCUGCGCCAGCACAAGCAGGAACGGAACAUACUCUAGCGUUCCGGCCACAGCGAUGCCAGUGCUCCAGACACGGACAUGUAGAACGCCAGUGCACCAGAUACGGACAUAUAGGACACCACUGUGCCAGACAGGGGCAUAUAGGACACCAGUCCCCCAGACACGGGCAUAUAGGAUACCAGUGUGCCAGAAACGGGCAAAUAGAACGCCAGUGUGCCAGACACGGACAUGUAGAACGCCAGUGCACCAGAUACGGACAUAUAGAAUACCAGUAUGUCAGACAUGCGCAUAUAGGAUGCCACUGUGCCAGACAGGGACAUAUAGGACACCAGUCCCCCAGACACAGGCAUAUAGGAUACCAGUGUGCCAGAAACGGGCAAAUAGAACGCCAGUGUGCCAGACAUGGGCAUAUAGGAUGCCAGUGCCCCAGUCACGGGCAUAAAGGAUACCAGUAUGUCAGACAUGCGCAUAUAGGAUGCCACUGCCAGAGAGGGGUAUAUAGGAUGCCUGCGCCGCAGACAUGGGCAUAUAGGAUACCAGUAUGUCAGACAUGCGCAUAUAGGACGCCACUGUGCCUGACAGGGGCAUAUAGGAUGCCAGUGCCCCAGAUACGGGCAUAUAGGAUACCAGUAUGUCAGAUAUGCGCAUAUAGGAUGCCAGUGUGCCAGACACUGACAUAUAGGAUGCCAGUGUGCCAGACACAGGCAUAUAGGGCGCCAGUGCAUCAGACAAGGGCAUAUAGGAUGCCAGUGUGCCAGACACGGGCAUAUAGAACGCUAGUGUGCCAGACACGGGCAUAUAGGACGCCAGUGUGCCAGACAUGGGCACAUACAGUAGAAUGCCAGUGCGCCAGACACUGACAUAUAGGACGUGCACAUGUUUGUUACCAGAGCAAUCAUGGCUACGAACAGUAAUUAAAUGAGCACUAUUAAUAGUAUGAGCCCUGUCUAAUCCUGAUCCCACCUUCUCUAUCAUUAAGACUGGCAAUACACAUGCCACAUCACUACACACAGUGCCCAGGUGCCUGAUCCUGUAUCGCCCCUUUGGAGCAGUCAGUGGUACGGCUGCGCAAUGCUUAUGAUCACAGUAAUCUGCCACUGAUGGCGUUUUCAGAUCAAUUUGUUAGACGGCGGACACGUUAUAACUAUAUUGCCACACGUAAAUGUUGCAUAUUUCAUAAAAAGGAGUUAGUAGGAUACAGUAUGUGUAUAUAAUGUUUAAUAUUUCAAAGACGGACAUUUCAAAUGUUUUGAGAAAAUGUUAGGUGUAAAACAGCAUCUACAAACUAAAAUAAGAUAAAGGACAAAUACUGUUACCUCCUUUUAAGGCAGGUGUCCCAAACUCCACCCUUACAGUCCCGGUUUUAAGGAUAUCCAUGUUUGAUCCCAGAUGGUUAAAUCAAAUUGAUUAAGGUAAUAAUUCAGUCACCUGUGCUCAAGCAAAGAUAUCCUUAAAACCUGGAUUGUUUUAGGAUAUUGAGCUUUAUUACAUUUCCUUUAACAAGCUGUGACUUGUAAACACUACCCUCAUUGGUCCCUAGGGGGCGCAAUUGCUCACAUCAAUAUUGAUAUCUGUAUAACAUGUACAGUGCAGUAGAAGGUUUGUGCUGUAUAUAGAGGCGCCUGAAUGCAGUUUGUUUUACAUUAUGUGUUCAGAAAUGUAUCUUGAUUAGUUUUGUUUUGAUAUUGAAAUGUAAUGACAUAUUUCUUA